CCACAAUGAAGCAAUGGAAAUACUGGUCAGUGGUAAUACAUGCAGAACGUUAACGGUCACAGACAUCAGAGAUUCUACAACUCAUCUGAGAACUAACCCGGUGACACUCAGCUGUACGGAACCUACAGAGGGCGACAAUGUCACAAUUGUAAUGGCAGGACCGUAUUUAGCACUUUGUGAGGUGCAGGUGUUUGGUAAAAAGAAAGAAUCCUGUCACUGCUCUAAUGGCUGCUCAGACUUUCCGAAUAUUGCAUGUUCAACAUCUCCAUCGGGCCCAGUUUGUAAAUCACCAUGGUUCGGAAGCUUUUGCCAAAAGGAAAACAUUGCGUUUCAAAAGACAGCAAGACAGAGUAGCACGUAUAACGAUACCGGUGGCCUCUAUUGUGCUGCGCAUGCAGUAGAUGGGAACACUGCCACAAACAUCAGUCAAAGGAGUUGUUCUCACACAGAUGAAACAGAUACAGUUGCAGUGAAAGCAAGCUGGCAGGUUCUCCUUGAUGGUCACCAGAUGUUUAACAUCAGCAGGAUCAGAAUCUUCCUGCGCGGUGAUCAGUGGGAUCACAACAAGAACAUGACGGUGCUGGUGAAUGGUGGUGUGUGCAACUCUGUGAGUGAGACAACACUUCAAGGGAAACUUAGAUCUGGCUCAAACCCCUUUAACGUCACAUGUACACAAGUCCUGAAAGGGAACAAUGUUACCAUUACUAUGAGUGGACGAUUUCUAACAUUGUGCGAGGUUCAAGUUUUUGUUUGCAGUGAUGGUUGGUUUGGCUCUGACUGUGACAAGCAGUGUCAGUGUCUAAAUACAACUGAAGUAUGCGACAAGGACACUGGAUACUGUAAGAGUGGAUGUGCUGCAAGGAAACAAGGACAGGGGUGUCAAGACUGUGAAGAUGGAUAUUACGGAGGAAACUGUUUACAGCAGUGUGGUUCUUGUAAAAAUGGUACUCGUUGCAACAAAAGUAAUGGUGAAUGUCCACAGGGAUGUAAGACCAACUUCCAAACACCAUAUUGCAAAGACUGUGAAGAUGGAUAUUUCGGAGGAAACUGUUUACAGCUGUGUGGUUCUUGUAAAGAUAGUACUCGUUGCAACAAAAGUAAUGGUGAAUGUCCACAGGGAUGUAAGACCAACUUCCAAGUACCACAUUGCAAAGACUGUGUAGAUGGAUAUUACGGAGGAAACUGUUCACAGCAGUGUGGUUCUUGUAAAAAUGGUACUCAUUGCAACAAAAGUAAUGGUGAAUGCCUACAGGGAUGUAAGACCAACUUCCAAGCACCACAUUGCAAAGACUGUGUAGAUGGAUAUUACGGAGGAAACUGUUCACAGCAGUGUGGUUCUUGUAAAAAUGGAACUCAUUGCAACAAAAGUAAUGGUGAAUGUCCACAGGGAUGUAAGACCAACUUUCAAACACCAUAUUGCAAAGACUGUGAAGAUGGAUAUUUCGGGGGAAACUGUUCACAGCUGUGUGGUUCUUGUAAAAAUGGUACUCAUUGCAACAAAAGUAAUGGUGAAUGUCCACAGGGAUGUAAGACCAACUUCCAAGCACCACAUUGCAAAGACUGUGUAGAUGGAUAUUACGGAGGAAACUGUUCACAGCAGUGUGGUUCUUGUAAAAAUGGUACUCAUUGCAACAAAAGUAAUGGUGAAUGUCCACAGGGAUGUAAGACCAACUUCCAAACACCAUAUUGCAAAGACUGUGAAGAUGGAUAUUUCGGAGGAAACUGUUCACAGCUGUGUGGUUCUUGUAAAAAUGGUACUCAUUGCAACAAAAGUAAUGGUGAAUGUCCACAGGGAUGUAAGACCAACUUCCAAGCACCACAUUGCAAAGACUGUGUAGAUGGAUAUUACGGAGGAAACUGUUCACAGCAGUGUGGUUCUUGUAAAAAUGGUACUCAUUGCAACAAAAGUAAUGGUGAAUGUCCACAGGGAUGUAAGACCAACUUUCAAACACCAUAUUGCAAAGACUGUGAAGAUGGAUAUUUCGGGGGAAACUGUUCACAGCUGUGUGGUUCUUGUAAAAAUGGUACUCAUUGCAACAAAAGUAAUGGUGCAUGUCCACAGGGAUGUAAGACAAACUUCCAAACACCAUAUUGCAAAGUGGCACAAAAGAGCAACAAGCAAGGGCCCCAAUCCCUGACUGGUGUCAUUGUGGGUGUUGUAAUAGCUGUGCUUUCACUUGCGGCCGUCGUUGCUGUGCUGGUUUACAUGCGAAGAAGAAGAAAUUCACAGAAAACUGAAACGGAAGACCAAUUUGAGGAAAGUACCACUGAGAGUUCCUUCAUUGCAUCCAGCGAAAGGACAGCAUCCCCAUCCUUGAAGCCAACUAAGCCUGUUAAGCCACCAAAGAAACAGAAACCUCCCGCAGACAACGUGUACGAGAACUCGGACCACUACUAUAACGUCCUCCCAGCCCCUGUACGCCUGGACAGACUCAUGCAGUAUGUCAGGGAGAAGGUGACGGGCAUGGGAUUCGAACACGAGUACAAGCUACUACGUCAUGGACUGAAUGGAGAGCACACGGAGGGGAAGAAACCUGAAAAUAAGAAGAGAAACAGAUUUCUUGCUCUGUUUCCAUAUGAUGCCAGUCGAGUUGUCCUGUCCCCUGAUGGUGACGCUACGUGUGACUACAUCCACGCCAGCUAUGUACAGGGUUUUCAUGAAACCAGUGUCUUCAUAGCUGCUCAAGGACCAAAUAACGUAACUGUUGAUGACUUCUGGAGAAUGAUAUGGCAAGAGAAUGUGUCACAGAUUGUCAUGCUGACCAGGGUAAUGGAACUCAACAGGAAAAAGUGUGAACAGUACUGGCCAGAUGGCAUGAAGGAAAAGAAAUGUGGAAACAUUCUAAUCAAGCCACUCCUCUCAACUGUCAGGGCGGAUUUUACCAUCAGGAAGUUCCUGGUUCAGCAUUCCAAUAAGCCCUCUGACAAGAGGACAGUGACCCAGCUUCACUUCACGUCCUGGCCUGACCAUGAUGUUCCUUCAGCGCCGGCUCUAGUCGGCUUCUGGAAGCAGUACAGGGGUUUGGUGUCAUCAGAAGAGGACAUUACCGGACCGGUUGUAGUUCACUGCAGUGCUGGAGUCGGUCGGACGGGAACGUUCAUUGCUCUGGACAACCUCUUUGAUGAAGGAGAAUCUCAGAACAAAGUAAACGUGUUUUCGUGUGUGUCCAAGAUGAGAGAAGCCAGGAUGAACAUGGUUCAGACUGUGGAGCAGUACCGUUUUGUCCACGAGUCUGUCAUGGAAGCCCUAGAGAGUAGGGGCACGUUCUACACUUUGUCCGACUUUGAGAAGAAGUUUGGUACCGAGGUGAAAUAUACCAGACAACAGGAAAUGGAGAUGAACAAACAAUUUCAGUCUCUUGAAUACAUGAAGAUGGAGAUCCCAGAGAAGUUGGCAUCUGAUGCUUAUCUUCCAGAUAACAUCAGCAAAAACAGAAACAAGGAUAUUGUCCCAGCGAACAGAGUCCGGCCCUUUCUAUCAACUCCUGUCGCAGAUCACAAUGAUUACAUCAACGCUGUCGUACUUCCUUCUGCAACACAGCCCCUGGGUCUGCUAGCAACCCAGACACCGCUGACGCAGACUGUUGUAGACUUCUGGAGGUUGGUAUAUGACCAUGACUGUUUCACCAUCGUGUGUCUAGAGGAUAAUCAGGCCUUAUAUCCAAGACAGAAUGAGACGUUGAACAUAGGACCGUUCCGCAUCACUACACUGCAGGUGGACACAUCCCGAGACAGUUUUACUGAGAUGCAGCUUAACUUGGCUCUCCGGGAACAGGAUAACACCCAUCAACAGAUCCGUGUGUUCAAACUGAGAUCACAGAUUCCUGGACCUCCAGAACCAUUCCUAGACUUUGUGAAUGAAGUGGGAACAAAAGGCAGUUCCGAAGAACACAGGACACUUGUACAUUGCGCUGACGGUGCCCGACUGUGUGGAGUGUUCUGCAGCGUCCUCAACAUCAUCAGCAGACUCCGACUGGACAAGGAAGUGGACAUCUACCUGACCAUCCGGGAACUUCAGUGUUAUAGACCUCAGUUCAUCCAGUCGUAUGAUCAGUACAAGUUCUGUUACGGCUUGGUGAAAGAGUACCUACGAGAUUCCGGUGUCUACGCCAACCUGUAAACAGGGGUAGAAUCGUUACGUAUUGCCAUUUGUCUUCAACAUAUAACACAUAUACAUGUAAGGAGUACUUUACUGCUUUUAUAUUCAUUAGUAGUGGUUAUUUCAUGGGGAUAAUAUAAGACAUGUAUUUCAUGCAAGUUGAUGGAUCCUUUUUGGUGAACUAGGUCUAAUUUAUGCACUUUACGUUACGUAUUUGUAAAAAUCGGUUGGAAUGAUUAUUUUUAUUAAUAUUUUCUGUCGGUAUCACAAUCAUUCAGUUAUUUUCUAACCAUAUAUUGUGGAUUUUGUAGGCCAUUGUACUCAACAUCUCUGUUAUUUACAAUUACGUAUAUGUUACAUAUAGGGACACACACAUGUAAAAAUAUAACAAAUAAAAUGUAUUAUAUUUUGAAAACCAAUGGACAUGUCCCUACAUCGUUUAUAUAAGUGGACUGGACUUUUCACCCUGUAACGUACAAUAUUGUGUUUUGUUUUCGCUCAGUCGGGCACUGUGACACAUAGACACAGAGGAGUUAAUGAUCAGGUACUGAUAUCGUCGAUAUACUUAUGUUUUGCCGAAUUACCUACGGAAAGGUUUUUUAUAUUGAUACGUAUCUGGUUUUGUUUAAUCAAGAAACAUAAAGAAGUUUCAUAUUUGUAGGAAUGUUGGAACAUAUCAGACUGUCAAUACACAACUCGAGUCAUCCAUACUCAAAGUGAUUUAAUAGCUUUUAUUAAGAAAUACACAAUGCUGGUACCAAUGCAAAGAAGUUGGCAUUUACUGUAGUCUACAGGAUGGUUGAGAAUGCCAGGCAUCAAUAGAGAUAAAGACAUUUACUAAGGAUUUUCAUUUCAGCUAUGUUUGUAAUUUUAUUAUAACAAUGAGAAAUGCGUAUUUCAAUCUGACAUGUAUCUCUAUAGCAUUAUAAGUCUUUAGUUUUGCUUCCAUUGUUGUUUUAGUGAUGAGUCAAAAUGAAACAUACAUAAAAUAUAGAUGGUUAUGAUAUAUAUGACAUUUCCAAUACAUAUUCUGUCACUAUUAUAUUGCCUUAUCUUUUUUUAUAUUUGUGUGGCUUAUAUACUUUUAUCAUUUUGAUAGAAACGCUUUACGUAAAAAUAAGUGUCACAAUACAACAAUUGCCACUGAAAUCGCUUCACCUGCACCAUGGCGGCACUUUCAUUAGUGUUAGGAAAUCAGGUAUAUUCUUAUCUGACGGCACUGCAUCUCAUAAACACACAUUUGACCUAAUAACAUUAGUCUUCAAAACAAUAUUUUGCGAGCAUUUGUAGUUUGUAGAAAUAAAUAAAAAAUAUGUUC